AUGCGUUUUUUCCCCAUAGACUACAGCCAAACCGCCACACAAAGCUAUGGGGCCUACCCCACACCCCCAGGCCAAGGCUAUUCCCAACAAGGCAGCCAAGGCUAUGGGCAGCAGAGCUACAGUGGCUACAGCCAGGCCCCGGAUGCGGCCUAUGGGCAGAACAGCUACAGCCAAUCCUAUGGGCAGAGCCAGAGCAGUUACAGCGCCCAAUCCACGCCCCCGGCCUACGGCGGCUCCGGGGGCUACGGCGGGGGCGGGCAGGGCUCGCAGGGCUCCUAUGGGCAGGCGGCGGCGGCAGCGGCGUAUCCGGGGUAUUCCCAACCCCCCAGCGGGGGCUCCUCCUCCGGAAGCUACAGCAGCAGCUCGCAGAGCUCCAGCUACGGGCAGCCCCCCAGCAGCGGCUACAGCCACCAGGGCAGCUACAGCGGGCAACAGCCCAGCUACAGCCAGCAGGCGGCCUACAACCCCCCCCCCAGCUACAGCCAGCAGGGCCAGUACGGCACCGGAGCCAGCUCCAGCUACAGCCAGGAGGCGGCGCCGCUGAGCAGCGGGGGGGGGUACCAGGACCAAGGCUCCUACGGGGGGGGGGCCCCCCCGGGGGAGCGGAGCCGGGGCCGAGGGGGCUACAACCGGGGCGGCUACGAGAGGGGGGGCCGAGGCAACCGGGGAGCCCGAGGGGGAGCCCCCACUAUGGGCGGUGGUGAGCGCGGUGCCUUCAGUAAGUUCGGGGGACCUCGGGACCAAGGGCCAAGGCACGAUGCAGGCGACCAGGAUAACUCGGACAACAACACCAUCUUCGUGCAGGGCCUGGGCGAGAACGUGACCAUCGAGUCCGUGGCCGACUACUUCAAGCAGAUCGGCAUCAUCAAGACCAACAAGAAGACCGGCCAGCCCAUGAUCAACCUGUACACGGACCGCGAGACCGGCAAGCUCAAGGGGGAGGCCACCGUCUCCUUCGACGACCCCCCCUCCGCCAAGGCCGCCAUUGAUUGGUUCGACGGUAAAGAGUUCUCCGGGAACCCCAUCAAGGUUUCCUUCGCCACCCGCAGAGCAGACUUCAACCGGGGGGGGGGCGGCGGACGGGGGGGGCGCGGACGGGGAGGCCCUAUGGGGCGCGGUGGCUUCGGUGGCUCCGGUUCCGGUUCCGGUUCCCGGGGCGGGUUCCCCAGUGGAGGGGGGGGCCAGCAGCGAGCAGGAGACUGGAAAUGCCCCAAUCCGGCCUGCGAGAACAUGAACUUCUCCUGGCGGAACGAAUGCAACCAAUGCAAAGCCCCCAAACCCGAGGGGCCCGGGGCCCCCCACAUGGGCAAGUACCCGGGGGGGGGCGGAGGAGGCGGAGCCAACCGCGGCGCCAACCACAUGGGUACGGCAUGA